UGUGAAGACGAACGGGAACGGCUGAUGGAGACAUUUUAAAAUAAACACACAGCUAACGGCUAACUGCUAACAGGGCUCGCGAAGGGGCGAGCGCACUGCGCCAAAACACAUUAUAAUCGUCCCAAGUUCUUACCAGUUAUAUUAUAUUUAGCAGUGCAUUGUUUAAUAAAUCGUAAAUCAACGAGACUACAAAACACCGAAGAUGUUGAAAAGUCUGACACUGGGAACAGAAGAUUAUAACUAAACCGCGCAGGUGAGCUCCUGUCCAGGCACAUUGGUCCAUGCUCGCUGGACCUCUGGGCUUUGGGCUCAACUAGCAUGAAGAUGGCCGACUCGGACAAGGCAGAGGAUUUUGUGGAUGCUGAGUCCCCCACAGAGUGCCUUGACGAAGCACAAUCAACCACAGGCUCUGCCCAGGAUGAGCAUCUGAAGACAGAGACCACCACCAGUACCAGCUCACCCCCCAGGGAAAAGGAGGCAGACAGCCCCUUGAAUACAGAGGGUGAGCUGAGUCUCCUCUCCAUGCCGUGCCUGAUGAAGGAGCUCCGCAGAGACUCCCCAGAGUCCCAGCACACCUCCACAGGGAGCGACAAGCCCGCAUCUCUUCAUAUCGAUGAGAGCGACUCCUCAAACCCCUGCAUGAUGUCCCCCUCCUCCAGCGGACACCUUGCUGACUCAGACACACUCUCCUCAGGGGAAGAAGGGGCCACUCCUUCCACAGCAAAAGACGAAGAAGGAAACAUGGAUACGACAAACGAUGGGCAGGCGACAGGAAAGCAAUCAUCUUCCUCAGCGACGGGAGGGAGGAAGGCCCGGCGGUUACGUUCAGAGAGCGAGAUGCCGCAGAAUGCACUGGCUGCAAAGAAAAACCGCUGCCAGCCCACCGUAGUAGCUGCGGGAGGGCCGGAAAAACAAACCAAUGGCAAGCUGGCCAAAGUGAAAGGUCACCGGAGCCAGAAACACAAGGAGAGGAUACGUUUGCUGAGGCAGAAACGUGAGGCGGCGGCACGGAAGAAGUACAACCUGCUGCAGGACAGCAGUACGAGUGACAGCGAGCUCACGUGCGACUCCAGCACCAGCUCCUCCGAGGACGACGACGACGACACUUCAGGAGGCAGCAAGACAAUCAAGACAGACCUUACAGACGGGCUUCCGAUAGUGGGUCACUAUGAUAUUUCAGACACUGAUUCUAACCAGGAGAGUAUGAGUGUGGACACAGUGCGGCCCUCGGUGAUAAAGCAUGAGCUAAAAACACACUCUGGGUGUAUAAGAGCCCUGUGCUCUCUCUCAGGCAACGUGGAGGCAGAGCUGUCGCACAAGGGAAGUUCUCUACACCACAAGGGCCAGAUUCACAUCGCCUCCUCCGACAGCGAGGUGGAGAUAGUCGGAGUGCAGGAGAAAGCCCGAUGUGCCCACCCGUGUGGAGGCGUGAUAAAGAGCCUGUCCGGCUGGAAGGAGAGCUCCGUGGAGCAGCUCAUCAGCACAAACCAACCCCAGCUCUGGACUACUGUUUCCCCUCAGCCCAACUGGGUGUCCCCCCCCGAGGUGGUGGACCUCACACUGGACGAGGACGCGGGACACAAAUACCUUCUUUAAAGAAGCUGCACACUGAAGACUCCUUCCUCCUCUCCUCUCCUCGUCCUCUUUGCCUUGCCUCCACGUUACGGCUGAAACCCUUCCCGUAGAAUCGGCCUCGCCUCUCGUGGACUCUUCCUGCUCCGGAGUGUGUUUUUAAAUCAAUUGUAUCAAAGCCAUUCUACUGACGUGAUUCCCUGAUCAGCUCUGAAUUUAGUCGUAAUAAAAAAAAUGGCACAGCAUUUCAUGUGCAGGUGGAAAUGUGAGUAAGAUGUAUCUGUUAAUGAUAUCAAUAUCCUACCUUCAUUUAUACCUCAGUUACCCCUCCGUGUAGGCUGUCUCUUGGUGUUGUGUGCUUGCAAUCUGUGUCGAGAACACAUCCAGUUGCUGCUUGAGGUCAUGAUCACAACAUGGCGGCUUCACUACGGACUCUGGAAGGCACAUUUUCAGAUUUGGCCUUUUGUACCUAAACGGCAGCUGGUACACUUUUCUUUUGGUCGCACCACAAAGUCGGCUUUGUACCGAUUUCUAAGGGUCAAUUUUCAAAAGUCUCACCACUGGUUUCACAUGUUGUUCAAACUGCAUGGCUUCACAUCCAGGUUUAGGUUAUCUUCAAUCAUUGUUUAUCAUUUUGGGAAAUAUUCUUAUUCACUUCGUGUUGAGAUACAGUGAGCUUCUUGAACAGCAACAUAUGUCUCGAUAAAGCCCUGAUGCAUUAUACAAUGUGUAGUCUCUGUGCAUGUGCUGUGACCGAUGUCAAGACAAUUCAAUAAAUCAUUGAAGUGGAGGAUAGUUGUAAAAGUGGCUGCCAAUGUUGCCCAAAGAAUCCUCCCAGCAGCACUUUCAAAGCUCAAUAACUAACACGUUGUUGGCUUGAAACAAGUGUACAAAGAGUUGAAUGUGCCGCACUAGUUAUGGUCCUGUCUCCACUCUUUGUGCUAAGCUAAGCUAAUACGGAUCGCUCAUCUAGUCGUCAAAAUAAGCGUAUUUCCCAAAAUGUGUUCCUUUUUGAAAUCCACAGCUUUUGUUUCUGUUAUUACAAUAAGUACGUUUUUUACCAAACAAGCAGAAAGAAAACCGCUGGUAAACAAACACUACGCCAUCUGACUUAGUUUCAGCAUGUUGGAGGUGUGUUGGCGAUAUACAUCUAGUACUAGGUUGAAAGCCACAGAGUUAUCAGUGAAUGUAUGAACUUAUUGUUUGCAUGCUUUCCCUGAGUGGAUGCAACCUCCUUGAAUCUCUGGGACCCUUUACAAACAACUGAAGAAAUGUAUCUUCCAUUGAAUACUGCAAAGCAAGAUGGCUGCCUGAAUGCCUUGAAAAGUGCACUAUUUUUCUUUGAGAAAAGCUACCUUAAAAAGCAGCGGAUCUCAACAAUAAAUAUUUUAAUAAUAGAUGUGAAUUUUAGCACACACACAAAGUAGUAUACGACGUGGUGUUGAGUUUGUAGCCACGUGUGAGGCGUUUAUAGAAAGAGUUUUUAUGUAUGAACCGUUUCGACCCUGAUCCUCGGGGCCUGCCUGCUCUCUCCUGUGGUCUUAUCUCUGUCCGUUUCUCAAUGUCCAGUACACCUGCUGCAGAGCCACUUAGUUCAAGUAUACCACGUCAUCGAGUGGCGCCGAAUGCUGGGCAUUAAACGUGCAUUUAAACAGUCCUUCGGCGCAACUCGAUGUCUACUUUGAAACAGUGGCUCUGCAGCAGGUUUACUCGACAUUGAGAAACGGCCUCUGUCUUCAUGCGGUCACGCUGGUCUUUUAUCUUACAAACAAUCAAACUGUUGAAACGCUUGGGAUUGACUUUGUCAGAUUGAAUAACGUCUACUUUCCUAAAAGACAUGUUAAGAGAGUUGAAGAAUCAAAUGAUUUGACUUCUGCUGGUCACAGAAGGGAAGGGAAUAUAUAACAAGCCAAAGUCUAAAUGGAAUCAAUGUUUUGUCUUAUUUCUGAAUUUGAAAUUUGCUUCCAUAUUAUUUUUUUUAUUUGCUCUGUAGGUCUAAAUUUAAUGUGAAUUGAAAUCUGUUUCAAAGUCAAGAUACAGUUUAGUGUCAUGUGAUUUUUCUUUUUGCUUGGCCAGUCAUUUCCACUAAAUGCAGCUUCUGACAAUUCUUCAACCACACUUUUCAAAAACACAGUUCUAUUGUUCCUAAAGGUUAUUUUCAAAUGUUCUUGGAUGUCUUUUGUGAUGGUUUGGUUGCACAUAGCAUGUUGGUCACAUCUCACCUCAAGUCCGAUAUUAUCCUCAUUACCAGUCAUUUAGCUUUGCUCUUCAGUUCUGUUUUUAUGUUACUGUCAGUAUUUUAAAUUAACAAAAAAAAGGUGUGUUAUUUGUUGCUUCUUUGCAAGUCCCCGACUUCCUUGAAAGUGUGUCUGUAGAACACAAAAGAACUAUUUUAAAACUAAAUAAAUAGAGCGUUAUUUAAUGAG